AAAUUAAAAUAUUAUUGCAAUUCAUAUUCGUAGUAGGUGGUUUCUUGAGCCAUAUAUAAGCGGGCGCGGAUUUUUUACCGGCAUUCGAACUAGUCCAACCAAACUAGACAAUCAUUCAAAAAUGAGAUUCGCCGUACUUAUCGCCUGCGUUGUGGCAGUUGCCAGCGCUCAAUUCAACCAGGGACAAUACUUCCCACAAAAGGACCAGGGUCAGUACAAGAAGCUCAACCAAUACAACCCCUUCAGCAACCAAUUCAAUGGACGCAACCAGUACAACCAGUACAACCGUUACCAACCCUACCAGCCCACCUACAAACCUUUCGUUUCUUCCACUCCUUACCCCGUCCGCCCAGCGGUGACCGUUACUGAAGCCCCAGUUACCGUUGCCGAAGUCAAGUUUACCCCCGUCCCAGCCCCAAAACCCGUCCCCGUCGUUCCUGUCGCCAAGGUUGCUGCUGACGCUCGUUCCGCUGAAACCCUGAGAUACGGCAACGAAGUCGAAGCUGACGGCAGCUACAACUACUUCUUCGAGACCAACAACGGAAUCGCCGCUCAAGCCCAAGGUGUCCCACGUACCUUCAGCGGUAACCCCCCAGUUUCUCCUUCUGUUGCCCAAGGAUCUUUCUCCUGGACCUCUCCCGAAGGAGAAGUUAUCUCAAUGACCUACGUCGCCGACGAGAACGGUUACCAACCCCAAGGAAACGCUAUCCCUCAACCCCCUGAAGUACCUGCCCAGAUCGCCCGCGCUCUGCAGUACAUCGCUAAAUACGCCCCCGUCGCACGGGAAUAAAUAAAAACGACAAUGACACAGUGAAAACCCCAUCAAACUAGUUUAAAAUUAGUGCCAUUAAUCUGUUGUUGCAUUUUCUACAUCUGUUAACAUGUACAAACAAAUAAAUUAUAAAAUUAUCUGUA